AUACGUAAGUUAUUCAUUGAAAUGAAACAAGCAAUUCUAAAAGCAGAACUCAAAGCAGUUCCUUAGCUUCUUCCUUUUGUUUCUCUAAUUGUCUUAAAAUUCCUCUCGUUCCUUUAUUCCUAUAAACUAGGAAUUCAUAGUUCUAUCAACUAGAAGUUUUGGAUCAAGUGGUACCAGAGCACCAGAUCCGAUUGGGCGACGGUGGUUUAUCGUCUCAACUCGCAACCAACGCAAAGCUUAUGGAGAAGAACUUUUAGGUCCUUCGCUCGUACACCGAAAGCCAAGGUCCAAGAGAGGCAAUAUGACUGGAGAAAACAAACAGGAUAUAUACAAGUUGAAAACUUGUCUGCAUCAAUCCUUCAACUCGUGGAGAGUUUGAAGAUUGGAAAAUCUUCACGUCCAUCAACUUCAUCUGAGCCUGAUCAAAAACUCAAGAAAAAGGUUAUUGAGGAUAACGAAGAUGAAGACGACAUACAAGCUGAUCUAAUGAAAAAGGAAGCUGAAUCAGGUGACAAUAAAAAUUCUAUUGAUACCUUAAAGAUUGAUUUUAAGGUUGACAUCCCUAUAUAUAAAGGAGAUGUUGAUCCUGAAAAGCUAGAUAACUGGAUAGACACAUUAGAAACUUAUUUCACAGUUUAUAAGUAUUCUAAUGUGCAAAAAAUAAAAUAUGCGAGUUUGAAACUUUCAAGCCAUGCCCUUACAUGGUGGAAGUCCUAUCAAAGACGGUAUGAUGUCUCAGAAUUGACUUGGAAGAACUUCAAGAAGCUUUUGAGAAAACAAUUCUAUCCAGUUGGCUAUGAAGAUGAAAGAUGGUAUAAGUGGCAACACUUCAGACAAAGAUUUGGGCAGCCUGUACAGGAGUAUACAACAGAGUUCCACAACCAAGCUAUGGUUCUGGACAUUGACGUCGACGACUACGACGUUUUCAUGAAGUAUACUGGAGGUCUUGCCGACUAUAUAUGGAAAGAACUAAAAUUGUUCACCGUAGAUACUAUUGAAGAAGCUAUGGUGAAGGCCAUAGCCAUUGAGGCGAAAAAUAAAAGAAUUGACAAGAAGGAUGACAGAUCAAAACCCGUCAACAAAAUUGACUGGCAGAAAAAGGGGAAGCAGAGCAAGGAAGGUCAGACACAGAAAGUCUACUGUGAUCACUGUCAAACCAGCAGACAUGCCAAAGACAAAUGCUGGAUACUCCAUCUUGAGUUGCGGCCAAAGCGCGAGAAAAACAACCAAGGGAGAAAUGACAGAAAAGCCACCUUAACUACACAACAGGCAGAAGAGCUUCCAGAGUUGAAGCAACCUGAUGUUACACUUACCCUUAUGACAAGACCAGCAGAUACUGAAGACACGUACAACCGUGAAGAGUUGUUUCAUGUGAAUAUUCAAGUGAAGCAAAGUGUUGUACAAGCUAUCAUUGACCCUGGAAGUCAGAAAAACCUUAUUUCAGAGGCUUUAGUAAGAAAAGUGGGUUUAGAAACCACACCACAUCCUAAGCUGUACCUGCUAGGAUGGAUUCAGAAAGAUGUUGACUUACAGAUCACGAAGCAAUGUAGCUUCAAAUUUGCUAUCACCAAUCGAUAUAUCGAUGAGGUGACAUGUGAGGUGGUUCCUUUGGAUGUUUGCCAAGUCAUAUUAGGCAGUCCAUAUUUAUGGGACCGAGAUGUCAUCCACUAUCGAAGGCUUCGCAAGUGUCGACUUGUGAAGGAUGGGAAGGAGUUCCACAUCAACGCUUGCAAGCCUCAAGCUACAAAUAAUUUGCUUACAGAUAAUUUGCUGACAGCUAACCAAGCCACGAGGUUAGUUAAUUCAUGUGGGCGAUUCGUUUUGUUGAUGAUUCGACCGCAAGAUCAGAGUUCUGGAGCUGUGACAUUGUCUACAUUGUCUUUAUCUCCUACGCAAUGCUCAGACAUAGGGAAAUUACAAGAGAAGUUCAAGGACUUAUUUCAUGAUGUGCAGGGUUUGCCACCACGGAGAGCUGUGGAGCAUGAGAUCCAGUUGGUAGGAGAUUCACCUCUACCAAACUUGGGUCUCUAUCGUACUUCUUUGAUGGAAUCUGACAAGAUCAAAAAGCAAAUUCAGGGACUUCUUGAACAAGAAGUUAUCAAACCUAGCUGCUCACCAUGUGGUUCGCCAGUGUUACUUGUGCCUAAGAAAGACGGAGGUUGGCGUUUGUGUGUUGAUUAUAGGGCACUCAAAAAAAUAACCAUCAAGAAUCGGUAUCCAUUACCGAGGAUUGAUGACUUGCUAGAUCAACUACAUGGUGCACGCUACUUCACUAAGCUUGAUCUAAAAUCUGGCUAUCACCAAGUCUGCAUCCAUGAAGAAGAUACUUGGAAGACUGCAUUCAAAACAAAGCAGGGACUCUUCGAGUGGUUAGUCAUGCCAUUCGGGUUAUGUAAUGCUCCAGCUACCUUCAUUCGAUUGAUGAAUGAGUGUCACAUGGGAGGACCAUAUUCAUCAUAUUGCUCAAGUUUUGGAGGUUCUACAAACAAAUCAGUUACAGUUAAACGGUAAGAAGUGUGAAUUUGGGAAACAACACCUCGUAUACCUGGGAUUCAUUGUUGGUGCAGGAGAACUGAAAAUGGAUCUAGAGAAAGUACAUGUGAUUUCU